CCAGGGACGGUUACGUUGUGCAUUGGUACCCACCUCUUUCAGGUACCAAUGAGUUAUUAAUAUCUUUUAUUGUAUCAUAUUACAUUCCAUUUUAAAUUCGUCCCACUAAUUUUCUCCGUCUUUCAGGUACCACUAGCUUUGUGCGGUUUCAAAGAGUUUUUUUGGGCAUUUAACCCAUCCAUUAAAGGCUUUAAGCAUUGUCGUCCCUUACUGAUAAUUGAUGGAACGCACUUAUAUGGGAAGUAUAAAGGUACGUUGUUGGUGGCAAUGGGUAGUGAUGCUAAUAAUCAACUUUUCCCUUUGGUGUUCGCUAUUUGUGAAUAAGAGAAUGGAGGGAGUUGGUCGUGGUUUAUGGGAUGCAUACAUUAUUUUAUCACACUCAGAGAAUUGUGUGUUAUUUCAGAUCUACAUGCUGGAAUUCAGAAGGCACUUAAUGAAGUAGGUAAUGGAUGGGAGGAGCCAGAUUCACGACAUAGGCUUUGCAUACGGCAUGUGGCUUAUAAUCUACAUACUUAGUUUUAAUAUGUUCACUUGAAAAAAGUGUUCAUUUGGACAGUAAGUCAACGUCAAAAGAAGAAAUUUGAUGGUGGAUUUAACAGGAUUGGCGAAAUGCAGGCAGGAGCACGAGAAUAUCUAGCGAACAUUGGUUUGGAGAAGUGGUCUUUACACCACGACGGGGGGUACAGGUAUGGCACCACAACAACGAACAUGGCUGAAGUAUUCAAUAGCGUCAUGAAAAGUGCAUGAUACCUUCCUAUAACCGUCUUAGUUGAGUUAUCAUUCUAUCAUGUGAAUGCCUAUUUUGUGGAAAGAAGAGAAACUAGUAAGAGAAGGUUAGCAGAAAGGCAUCGCUACUGCCAGCAAGUGACUGAACUGAUUGAAAGAAAUACGGAAAAGGCAAAGCAUCACAAGGUCACAACAUUUGACAUAUGCCGUUGGUUUAUACCAAGUGGAGACGGGUCGUGGUGGUCGAACUGUGGGGAAGGGUGGUACAAAACAAACGGUGAAUUUGCACUGUCGCCAUUGCACAUGUCAGAAGCUGAAUAUUUAUAAGAUUCCUUGCUCACAUAUCUUAGCGGUAUGCAGAGAUCGUAGUUUGUCCUAUGAUGCUUUUGUUUAUACGUUUUUCUCAUCAGCGGAGUACGCGACUUCUUAUAAAAGAGUAUUCAAGCCCAUACCGGAUAUAGCUUAUAGACCUACUUACACUGGACCACGAGUUGUGCAUGACCCGUCAAUGAUUCGCGCUAAAGGUCAUCUGAAGGCUAAACGGUUGAGAAAUGAAAUGAAUGAAGGUCCUAGAGGUACUGUAAGAUGCGGUUUAUGCAAGCAAACAUGGUAUAACAGGAUGACAUGUGCUGAAAGAUCGCAAGGACACGUAGGGAGUUCCACUGGCGCCGAUGCAGGUGUCAGUGGAUCCCACACUGAUUGAUCCUUCAGUCCUGACAUUGCAGGCCACGCACCGGAGCGAGGAUGUGUGGCGUGGCUUGGAUGUUCAGGUAGAUAGGUGUCGUGAGCACCUACGCACUAUAUUCCACAUGCAGGUGGAUGAUAGGAUUCUACAUUACGUUCGAUUAGCCGGGUUUUACGGUGUUCACGGAUUAGUUUCGACUCUGCAUAUAGAUAGAGCAUUACUUACCGCUCUACUUGAGCGUUGGAGACAAGAGACUCACACUUUCCAUUUACCGGUGGGUGAGGUCACUAUCACUUAGGGAGAUGUGGUUGUAUUGGCAGGUCUACCCAUCGAGUGCCGGGCAGUUGGGACUGGGUGUAGAGUGUGGGUUGAUUUGGUACACAGAUUGUUGGGAGUACGGCCACAUGUUGGGACAGAUAUUCGGGGGUCCGCCUUGAGGAUGGCUUGGUUGAGACAACCUUUUACUGAUUUGCCUGUUGAUGCUGAUGACGUUGUUGUGAAGCAGUACGCUAGAGCCUACAUUUUGAUGCUUAUGGGAGCCUCCACAUUUGCGGACAAGAGCUAUAAUGAGGUGCAGGUCUUGUAUUUACCCAUUUCAGAGACUUUUGAUGUAGCAGUGCUUUAUAGCUGGGGUAGUGCGACUUUAGCAUACCUAUAUCGGCAGUUAUGUCGAGGUUGGCAUUGUACAGUGGAGAGAUGGGUGGUUUUUUAUUGCUCAUACAGCUAUGGUCAUGGGAGGACAUUCAUAUCGGAAAACCUGUCAUACUGCGAUAUCAUGGAGUAGAUGGUGGUCCUCUUGAUGAUGCUAUGGAUCAGCAGGAUGCAUCUGUACUUGGGCCACAUCAUGUCUGUGGUGAGGUCCCUUUGGAUCAUAGAUGGCUAUUUGCUCACGUCACACGCAUGUCAUCCGCCGCUGGAUUAUGGUACUACCAAGAUGCUUUAGAUCGCAUGUGUGAUGACCAGAUGACGUGGAUGUCGUACACUCAUGAGAUUCUUGGAUUGUUGCCUCCUGUUGGCCGAGAGCACACUGAGAUAUGGCGAGCAUGUGUGUCCUUGAUAUGUUUGAUGUAGUGGAGCAUCACUUUCCUGAUCACGUACUACGAUAGUUCGGGUUGCAGCAGGAUUCCUGAACCUUGCGAUACAUCUGUGGACUUACACAAGAUUGACAGACGAGGGAAGCACACUGAAGAUUAUGGGAUGCGUCAUAUUCAGUAUAUCACUAUGUGGGAUGAGAGAGUGGUGUAUAUAGUGCACAGGAUCCCAUCCUUAGUCCCUAUAGCCUCUGCAGAUUACAUGAGAUGGUAUUACACCAUCACACGAGUGUUCAUCUCUCCCAGAUUUCGUCUACCUACUGAUCAUUACCAGCCUAGCUCGGUCACUCUUCAUAUGACGACACGGGCUUUGCGUAGCAUCCAUGAACGAACGACUGUUGUACUUGAUGAGGCAGUAGAUGUACAGGGAUACCAUGAGGCUUGUUCGGGCAUUCUUGCUCUGUGAGCUGAUGUAUUGGGCCGAGUAGAUUAUGGAUAUAUGGCCGACUCUCAGUAUUCCACCGCAUCCACGACAGGGUCUUCUCAGGCAAUCCGACGUGAUAGAGUUGUUCUUCGGCCUCGUAACCAGCGCAAGCGCCCCCGAGCACAGCCACAGCGACAUGAACUUCAUGAUGGUGAUGAUCACGUUGACUUAUGAUCUUUGUAUUUGUAUUAUUGUGUGAGAGUUGUAACAUGCACUGGCAGAUCGAAUCAUUUUGUGAAACACCGUAUUUAUUAUAACUUUUAUGUCUUAUUUCAAGUAUCGUG